AAUAAUUUAAAAAUGAAUAAAUAAAAGCCCUCAAUCUUUCUAAAAGUAACAGUUUUUCUACUCGGCUUUUGUUUUUGUCGUUGAAUGCCAACAAAGCAAGAAAACCAUUCUCAGAGACCCCAAUCUCUCCAAAAGUGGGCGAUUUCUGUUUGGAAUUCAUGGAUUUUGUUUUUGAAAUUUAGGGCUUCCAGAGGGGCCUUUCUUGUUUUGGGAAAGGGCUCUUGGAAGAGAGAGUAGCUUUUUGGAGAAAAGAAGUUCUAGAGAGAGGAUGAAAGUGUUGUUUGGGAGCCCAGGGAGGCUGAGUGGGCUUGUUCUGAGAAUGGGACAGUGUUCUUUUGCUGCUUCUUCUAUUGGGAUAAUGCUAUCUGCUUCUGGGUAUUCUGCUUCCACUGCCUUCUGCUACUUAAUUGCCUCCAUGGGCCUUCAAAUCCUGUGGAGUUUCACACUUGCAUGCGUUGAUAUGCAAGCUUUAAGAUUAAGAAGAAACCUUCAACAUCCUGUCUUGCUGAGCCUAUUUGUUGUUGGUGAUUGGGUGACAUCUCUGCUCUCGCUUGCAGCUGCAAGCGCGUCGGCUGGUGUGGUUCUCCUGUAUGCAAGAGACUUGAAUUUCUGCAGCUCAAUAAUCCAUCCUCCCUGCACCAAAUUCCAAAUUUCUGUAGCUUUGGCCUUCAUCUCCUGGUUCCUCCUGGCCAUAUCUUCUUAUGUCAUGUUUUGGCUGUUGUGCUCAGUUUGAAUGACUCAUUCUUCUCCAUUACCAUGUACAUAGAGUUAUUUUUCGAACUUUCCAUUUUCUUGGAGUUGGUUUAUAUUUCCCUGUUCAGGAAAAUGUUUCUUUCCCAUGUUCAUAAAUUUAAGUUCUAUCUUAUAUAGAAUACCAUGGUUUUCUCUUCGAAUUUCGGGGACAUAACAGAAUAUAAAUAAAACUGCUCCAUAUCAGUUUGAUUUCAACA